CCGUGUCCCUGAAAGGCAGCAAAGGCCCCUCAUGUUGUCUUAAAAUCCAGAUUUCAUCAAUAUUUUCCACUUAAAAUUAAAUUUCUGUCCAUUUGUUUAAAGAAUUAAAGUAAAUUUUGAUAAAUUUUCAUGAAAAUCUGAGCAUCAUGUCGUUCAAGUCCGAAAACGAUGAAAAGCUCUACCAAAUGUCGUGGUACAUCAAUCCUCACCUGUUCUGGCUUCGUCCGAUCACCUUUUCGCCGGAUAUGUUGCGUUUGGAGCACAAAAUGAACCAACAUUAUCGCAAAGUCACCGAAAUUCCGAGUCAAAAGAUCAAACCGCAAGUUGGUGAGAUGGUCGCCUUCUACAACCAAGUUUCGCAUAAUUGGUACCGUGCCAUUGUUGAUUUCAUCUACAUCGCCGACGACGGAUACACAAAUUACAUCAUUUGGAUGCUAGAUUAUGGCUAUCCAACUAUCGCAUCGAACAUUGUGCUUCGGAAAAUCACGUCGGAGUUUCGGGAUUGGAAAAUUUCGGAGCCCGUGUUAAAAGUUGGCGUCCUUGGGAUCUUGCCGGCGACCCAAACGUACGAUUUUAUCAAUGAAAAAGCACUUUUGCAACGCACAGCGGCAUGGAGUCCCUUUGCAACGCGUUUUCUGAAGGAAAAACUCGAAAAUGCCGAAAGUAUCAAAGUUACCGGGGGACUUUGCGUCGACAAUCACGUUUUUGCUGACGUCGCGAUCGAAAGCAUCGAAGGCGAUUUUAAAAGUACGGCGGAUUUGUUGGCGGAAACGAAGCAAGCGAUCAUCAUGCGAGGCGAAGCGGAAUUUUUGGAUGCCUUAAAACGACUCGAAACGAUGCGAAUUGAGCGUUUCAUGGACAAUGAACGGCACAACAUUCGACCGCAACUGAUGAAGUCGAUGCAGAUGGCACGCAAGUUAGAAACCUUGAAACCGGCGAAAAAUCCUGUUCCGAUGCCCGAAUUUAAGGUCUUUGAAGCGUUCGAUGAUCAGCCGAUCAACGACAUUCCGAAAAAUAUCCCCGUCGAGGAGCAUCACAUGAACAAAGUCACGCGCUGGCUCGAAAAAUACGUGAUUCCAGAGAUGAUGCACGAGGCAAAAGCAAAGAAGGACUCACAAGAAGUCCCAAAAGACACGGAAUCGAUGCCAAUUUUGAUGACUAGAGUCGUUAAUCCUGAACCUCAAGUCGAAUUGCCUCCCUUGCCAGGCGUUCCCCGCAAAUUAAUUUAUCAUCAUGCGGAAUUCGAGGAGCCUAAGAACAAAUUUGUGCCGAAAAUUGACCACAAAAAUGCCGAAAUCGAUCAUUUGUUGCAGCGAAUUAAGGAGAAAAAAGCUAGAAAAGAAGCGCAAAAAGUUAAACAACGAAAAACGGAGGAAAAUUUCUUGAAUGAAUUUCAACCAGCAGAUUAUGGACAAAUUUUGGCGCAAAAACAGAGAUCGAAGAGACAAGAAUGGCUCGAAGCUCAAACGUCGCGAAUGCCACAAAUUCAUGGAAUGAAGACAAAACAACUUCCGUACUUUGGUGAUCCAAGAAAUGCUAAGAAAAUUUACGUUCCGAUGGGGUCGUCGCAAAAUAUUUGAAAGAAAAUGGUAAAAAAUUACC